AAGGCGGCGCGGCGGCGUUGAGGAGGAUGGAGGCGCCCCUGGUAAGCCUGGAGGAGGAGUUCGAGGAGGGGCCCGGGGACGAUGGGGGGACCCCGCAACGCACGGCGGACCCGGCGCUGGCCGAGCUGGAGAGCUUCUCGGCCGAGAUGAUGAGCUUCAAGUCGAUGGAGGACCUGGUGCAGGAGUUUGACGAGAAGCUCACCGUCUGCUUCCGCAACUAUGAUGCUGCCACCGAGGGUCUGGCCCCCGUGCGGGGGCGUCUCCAGGCGCAGGAGGAGGAGGAGCGCCUCCAGGAUGAGGAGUGA